AUGUUUGGUUUACAGCCAUUCAUCACGCAAAAUGUGUUGCUUAAGUUAUGUCAAGAUAUACAGAAAUCAAAGGAAAGAACUCAACUUGUCAAUCACAGACAAAUCUUUACUUCUCACGAUACAGCUUUGGGUGAGACGAGAAUGGGAAAAGAAAAUGAAUUCAGUCAAGUUUUAUUUAAUCAAUUCAUCGUUCUGAUAUGUCCGCGUUGUGAAUUUUAA